AUUAAGCACCUAGGCAUGCAGACUGCUUCUACAAACUUUUGUGAAAGAAUGUGUCGCUCUCAGGAGCUCAGUGAAUUCAAACGUGGGACCGUGAUAGAUUGCCACCUGUGCAAUAAGUCCAUCUGUGAUAUUUCCUUGCUACUAAAUAUUCCAGCUGUUAGUGGUGCUAUAACAAAGUGGAAGCAACUGGGAACAACAGCAAAACAGCCACGAAGUGGUAGGCCACGUAAAAUGACAAAGCGGUGUCAGCGCAUGCUGAAGCGCACAGUUCGCACAAGUCGCCAAUUGUCUGCAGAGUCAAUAGCUAAAGACCUCAAAACAUUGUGUGGCCUUCAGAUUAGAACAACAAUGGUGCGUAGAGAGCUUCAUGGAAUGGGUUUCCAUGGCUGAGCAGUUGCAUCCAAGCCUUACAUUACCAAGUGCAAUGCAGUGUUGGAUGCAGUGGUGUAAAGCACACCGGCACGGGACUCUAGAGCAUUACUUUCCUGACUGCAUUGUGCCAAGUGUAAAGUUU